GUUCGCGAUUUUGAAAAUAUAAGCAGCAUGGCGGACGAUGUGGACGAGGUAGAAAACUUUCAAAAGAACGACAAUGAUGAUGAUGAUCAAGCGGAAAGAGAGCAUUUUAUCAGGAUUCUUAACGCCUUUAAGUUUUACAGGAGUCAUUCCAUGCGGCGAGUGUACAUGGCGGAAAAAUCUUUUAAUGGUAUUCCACAGCAACACCAGAAGUAUAUCCCACAUUUUCUGGACAAUUUGAAGACAAUACAAACAUGUAUCAGCCAUAAUUAUGAAAUCAUUCGCCUCAUCAUCAAAGACGCAGAGUACAUGUUUGAAAACAAAACGCAUGAAGCCGAUGUCAAGCCAGAGGAAAACCUCAAGCAGAUGCCCCCCACCAACUUUGACAUGGACAAGGUCAAAACGACCUUGAAGCAGUUUGUCAGAGACUGGAGCACCAGUGGGGAGGAGGAGAGAAAAGCCUGUUAUGAUCCAGUUAUAGCAGAGGUCAAGGACUUAUUCAAAGAUAGAGAUCCGUCCACCGUUGCAGUGCUGGUGCCGGGGGCAGGGCUUGGGAGACUGGCGUUCGAGUUGGCCAGGUGUGGGUACCGUUGUCAAGGAAACGAAUGGAGCCUCUUCAUGCUGCUGGCCUCCAAUUUUGUUUUAAACAAAUGCACAGAGGUCAAUUGUUUUACUUUGUAUCCUUGGAUACACCAAUGGACGAACAACAAAUUGUCAUCUGAUCAGACUCAGCCAAUCAAAUUUCCAGACAUUAAUCCCAGUGACCUUCCGCCAACCUCUGAUUUUUCAAUGGCUGCUGGAGACUUUCUAGAAGUUUACCAAACUCCAGAUGUGUAUGACUGCGUGGCCACAGUGUUUUUCCUGGACACAGCUCACAAUGUCAUUUCCUACAUAGAGACCAUCUAUAAUAUUCUUAAACCAGGAGGUUACUGGGUCAACCUAGGUCCUCUUUUGUACCAUUAUGCUGACAUUGAAAAUGAGUCGUCUAUAGAACUGAGCGCUGAGGAAGUCUUGAGAGUGGUCGAGAAGGUUGGAUUUGUGAUUAAGAAAGAUGCAAAGGAAAUUUCCAGCACGUACACCCAGAACCCCGUCUCCAUGCUGCAGUAUCGAUAUAUCAGUGUCAUGUUUGUGUGCCAGAAACCACACGAGCCAAACUCCUCCUGAUAUCUCCACCACAAUCAUCACCAUGGUGACAAACAACCAUUUCAUGGUGUCACGCCAUGAUCUCCAUGGUUACCAUACUAUGAAUAUGGAAUUCAGUGGCGGAUCUGGAAGGGGGUUACAGGAUUAGCAACCUUGCUUUGGUCGAACGUUUUAAACAAAAACUGAGUAUUUUGUGCCAUGUUGGGGUCUGCAAUCCUGCUAUAUGGGGUGGAAAUGGUUCAUAACCCUCUCUUCAAAAUUUUCUGGAUCCGCCUCUAGAAUUUAUUUGAGAAUUUUUCAUGUCCUUCAAAUUUAAACUGAUACUUAAAGGGAGAGAACUCUGUUAUAUAUUUAAACUGUAACCAGAAAGUCCUCUUCUCCACCACUGAACUUGAAGAAAAAAUUUCUAGGUUUUUUUUUUCCUGAUGAACUUGGUAUGAAUGUUUUGUAGGAAUAUUAAAGUUUUUAAAUUCAA